AUGCCCCGGGGACCCCUGUAUCGUAACAGACCUCUGCUCCCAGCUUUCUGCUCCAAAGGGAGGGCCGAGACCCCUGGAAGCAGCUCCCUUGUCCCUGGAGCCACAGGAUGCCAACCAAGCGAUGCCACACUCUUGAGCCCUGGCGGACUCAGCGGGCCAUCCCCUGAAACUACUGCCAACUGCAGCCUGGGUGCAAAUACAUUAAAUAAGAAACUAAAACAAGCUCAGGGCCCCACCCGAGCUCCCUUGGAGCCUCACCAGCACACGACCAGAGGGCUGCCCACUGGCCUCUACUCUGCAGGAACCAGCCCAGAGCCAAUGGAACCAGAGACCAGUGACCACAGGGGCCAGAACCCCUACCUUCAAAAGGGCCUUCCGGGGCCCCAUGAACUCAGCCCUGCUCAGCCAGCCCCCCAAGAUGACCCGAGAAUUGGUACUCCCAGUGUCCCGUAG